UACGCGGUCUGACACAAAAUGCAACAGUUUACAUGUGUUUUUAUUUAUACAUAUGUAUAAGCUUAUUUUUUUAAUACAUGGUUUAUUCCUGUUCGACCAUUAUUUGAUUUAACACGUCUUACUUAAUGUUUAAUUGGACCUAUUUCCGCGACAAACGUUGACAGGCAGUGCUUAGGUCUAUCCUAAACAUGGCCACCAUGAUGGAGUAAAGCUUCAACUUUAAAUUUCACAUUUUUAGAAGAAAACUUAUACAUUUUCUAUAUUUUGACAGGAAUGUUUCAACGGAAGAAAUUAUAUCAGUCAUCUUAUCCAUAUGAAAUCACUGGAGAAAGUUUCUUGUUGGAUUUAAUACUGGUUUAAGUUGUCUGGAAGCUGGAAACGAAAAAAAAAUUAUUGCAUCAAUUCCGUAAGCGUUUUAAUUUCUCUCGAUAGUUUUAAAGCUUUUACAAACCUUUUGUGGGAUUUUUCAAGUUGUGGAUCUAUCUUAAUUGCAAUAAUUUUGCUGUGAAGAAUUGAAGGAACGAUUGGGAUGUAUUUUAUAAUUUUUAUGCGUUUUCUGGCAGAAAGUAAAUCUUGGUGGUCGAAGGGAGAGUAGUAAUGUUCACUGAUUGACGUACUUUUAAAGAAGCCAAUAAACUGAAGAAUACAUAAAGGGAUAUAACAGUUUGUAUGGUUUUGAGGCGCCGAAAGUGCACUGGUCACUUCCCCCAUAUUUUUGAAUUGGUGGUUGAACGAGUCAGCGACACCCCUUACCCCACUUAUACUAAACGAAAGUAUGACAUUUCUCAUAUGGCUUUAAAGGUCAUGAAGGAAAUACAUCUAAACUUCUAGGUUCUAAAAGAAUGUCAUCAGAGGACAAGAGUCUGGAUCCCUCUGACCACGGACAGUCUACUCCCCUGAGCAGUACUGGGGGGCGCACCCCCUCCCCUGCCCCCACAGACCGGCGCACUCGCGGCCGGCCUCGUAGGGAUGCAGGGUCUGGAUUACCCACACCCAGAAAGAAGGGCCGUAGCAGAGGCCGAGCCCAGGUUGAGGAUGAGGACAGCAUGGACGGGACGGAGACCGCCGAAGCAGAGAACAUGCAGGAUAUGGAAGUUAAGGAGCUGGUCCUGGAUGUCGAGGAGGAGAUCAUGGUGCCUAGCCUCAGGGACGACAGACCCCUCUCCCCACUCUUCCAGCGCUCCAUGUCGGAGGACUCUGCAGGAUCCUCCGCCUCGACCCUGGAGCACGCCAAAGUCCGUGAAAAGCUGUGUGCCUUCUGCUACUGUGGCGAGAGGAGUUUCCUGGGCCAGGGCGACCUGAUGGUGUUUGGCCCCACGCCGGGCUACGUGCCGCUGCACAUCCGCAACCGACGAGGCAGCUCGGAGAAGGACGAUGACUACCACGAAGAUGACUUCCAAGACGACCACCACGACACCAAGAGCGCAGGGCAGCGCGACGGCGUGAGGGGCCUUAAAAAGGUCAGCUCUCCGGACAGUGGUCUCCACUCCUCCUCGGCACCCGGCAGCACGGACCCCUUCAGCGAGGAACAGGCCGCUAAGUUCUGGGACGAGCUGGGUCAGAUCGGCCUCCCCGACGACAUCAAUGUCCAGUCCCUGUUUGACCCCACAGGCCAGUGCUGUGCCCAUCUGCACUGUGCCGCCUGGUCCGAGGGUGUGUGUCGCGGCGAGGCCCAGGAUUCACUGCUCUACGUGGACAAAGCCAUAGACUCAGGGAGCACAGAGUGCUGUGCAUACUGUAAGCGCCUUGGAGCAUCUAUCAAGUGCUGUGAGGAAGGCUGCUGCCGCUCCUACCAUUUCCCCUGCGCCGCCGCCUCUGGAACUUUCCAGGACCUGCGCCGACACACUCUCCUCUGCCCAGACCACCUCCAGCUGGCCUCACAAAGAUGUAAAGAGGUGAAGUGCUUGUUGUGUGGCAGUGCUGGGGACCUGCAGGACCUGCUCUUCUGCAGCUCGUGUGGGCAGCACUACCACGGAGCUUGUCUGGACGUGAGUGUCACCCCCCUGAAGAGGGCCGGGUGGCAGUGCCCCGAGUGCAAAGUCUGUCUGACCUGCAGGAACCCGGGGGAGGACAGCAAGAUGCUGGUCUGUGACAUGUGCGAUAAAGGCUAUCACACCUUUUGUCUCCAGCCUACCAUGAAAUCCAUCCCCACCAACGGCUGGCGGUGCAAGAACUGUCGGGUGUGUUCUUUGUGUGGGGUCAGGCAGGCGGGCCAGUGGGCCCACAACAUCACACUGUGCGAGGGUUGCCACGGGCAACCAGAGGAACCCGCCCCCGUCCUGCCAUGCCCACUGUGUGUGAGGGACCAGGGCCGCGGGGAUGCCCCUAAGGACCUCCUCCUCACCUGCCACACAUGCAAGAGGUGGCUUCAUGGUGAGUGUGAGAAGCAGGCAGGGGGCAACUCGGACCUCCACACACAGGCCGACUACAUCUGCACCGUCUGUAAGCAGGUGGAGAGCGACAUGGUGGAAACCCCGGCCAGCCCCAUCCAGGAAUCCACAGAACCAGAACCAGAACCCACUAUGGCCACCCCAUCACCCUUCUCCAAUGCCUUUGUAUGUCUUUAUGGCUGUGGUGGAGGAGGAGGUGUUGCUGGAGGAGGAGGUGCGUCCAAGCCCUCGGCUGGAGGAGGAGGAGGCGCGUCCAAGCCCUCGGCUGGAGGAGGAGGAUGCGCGUCCAAGCCCUCGGCUGGAGGAGGAGGAGGCGCGUCCAAGCCCUCGGCUGGAGGAGGAGGAGGCGCGUCCAAGCCCUCGGCUGGAGGAAGCGAGGAGGCAGGCGCGUCAGCCGCUCGCUGGAGGGGAGGAGGAGGAGGCGCGUCCAGCCUCUGGCUGGAGGAGGAGGAGCGCGUCAAGCCCUCGGCUGGAGGAGGAGGAGGGCGUCCAAGCCCUCGGCUGGAGGAGGGGAGGCGCGUCAGCCCUCGGUUGGAGGAGGAGGAGGCGCGUCCAAGCCCUCGGCUGGAGGAGGAGGAGGCGCGUCCAAGCCCUCGGCUGAGGAGGAGGAGGCGCGUCCAAGCCUCGGCUGGAGGAGGAAAAGGAAGGCGCGUCCAGCCCUCGGCUGGAGGAGGAGGAGCGCGUCCAAGCCUCGGCUGGAGGAGGAGGAGGCGCGUCCAAGCCUGGCUGGAGGAGGAGGAGGCGCGUCCAGGCCCUCGGCUGGAGGAGGAGGAGGCGCGUCCAGGCCCUCGGCUGGAGGAGGAGGCGGCGCGUCCAGGCCCUCGGCUGGAGGAGGAGGCGGCCCGUCCAGGCCCUCGGCUGGAGGAGGAGACGGCGGCGCGUCCAGGCCCUCGGCUGGAGGAGGAGGAGGCGGCGCGUCCAGGCCCUCGGCUGGAGGAGGAGGAGGCGGCGCGUCCAGGCCCUCGGCUGGAGGAGGAGGAGGCGGCGCGUCCAGGCCCUCUAAAGAAGCCUAAAGUGUCUCCAUCAGGUGUUGAACUGGCGCAGGAGAUUCAGGUGACCGUUACCCUGACGGAGGGCCGGGAGUCUCACCAGAGGUCUGGAACUCUAGUGGACGUGUCACCGCUCGCCUCCCAGAGUCCCGCCUCACCCGUGGACGAUUUCCAACAGGAACUGGAAAUAUCAGACUCUUUACAAACGGGGAAAGGUGCGGCGCCCGAGGAGGCUUUGCCCUGCGAUGUAGAGGGGGAGGAGACCAAAUCGGAAGACUCAAAAACCACUUUAGCCACGCCCACCAACGAAAUAUCUCAUGAGGCUUUGGAGGAGACUACCGAAGAGGCUCCUGUGGAGGAGGAGGAGCCUAUGGAAGUAGCACCUGUAGAAAUGAAGUCUUUGGAAUUGGCUGCAAUGGAGACUACUGUUGAGCAGAAUGUUAUGGAACCCAUGCAGGAGGUGCAGGAUGCAGUUGCAGAAAAGGAGGUUGAGGAGAAGUUGCAGGGGUUGGAGGACGAGGAGUUGCCUCCAAGUAUUUUGGACGAGGGGGAGAAUUUGCCUCCAAUUGUUUUGGACGAGGGGGAGGUGUUGCGUCCAAAUGUAUUGCCCAUUGCAGAGGACAAAAUCAGAGAAAAGGAGCUUAGUCCCAUGGCUGAACUUCCUGAAAUGGAGAGCCCCGUAGACAUGGAUAUCAUGCACGCCAGCAACCGCAGCCUCUCGGACUUCAGCUCACCGAGGGGAGAUGGCAAAGCCCCAAAGGCUUCCCCUGAAAUGUCUCCUGAGCUCUCGCUCAUGCUGAUCCAGUCCCUCUUCCCUACAGAGUCCUUCCCCAGGGAGGCCAGCCCUCCUUGGGUUCAGGUCCAAAUCCAGGCCCAGGCUGCUCCACCACAGACCCAACCUCAUUCUGGAUAUAGUGCUUGUGUGCCUCCCACCACCACAACCUUUUUCCCCCUAACUCCCAAGAUUGGCAUGGGGAAGCCUGCCAUCUCCAAGAGGAAGUUCUCCCCUGGGAGACCAAGGGUGAAGCAGGGACGUGGUUCGGGCUUCCCUGGAAGGCGGAGGCCCCGCGGGGCCAACCUAUCGUGCGCGGGGCCGCGGACGCUCUCGAGGACUCAAAGCCGACACCACCCUCGCCAUGACCCCUGGGUAGGAGCCUCACCCCCCCCCCCCCCUUUAUCCCCCUCCACCGCAGCUUUGAGCAGCCGACAUGUGAAAGAAGAGGAGGAGAAUGCCAUGCCACAACACUGUGGUCAUUUUCUCAACUCAGACCACUUCACUCUGACAGGUCGAUACCAACACUGUGGUCAUGUUCUCAACCACAACCACUUCACUCUGACAGACCACUUCACUCUGACAGGUCAGUACCAACACUGUGGUCAUGUCUCAACCUCAGACCACUUCACUCUGACAGUGAUGAACUGUGCCUUCCUCAUGGCCUCCGCCAGGGAUUAG